CUCGCUUCGCUUCAUUUCAUUCAUUAUUUAUAUUUCAUUUCAUUCGACACUUGAGUAAAUAAAUAAAAUAUAAAAAAAAGAAAAUUAACACCAUAUAAGUAAACAUUUACCGUGUAUCCGAGAGCUUCUUUAAUUAUAUUUCACUUCUUUUUAUCCUGUCUAAAUAUCAUAAUUUCCCAUCUACGAUAAGUGGAAGAACAGUUUCUUGAUUUUGUGGUUUCCAAUUUUAUAAGGCUAAGAAUAUGGAUAACGAAGAGCUUGGGGGUGAUAUGGUGAGAUUGGACAAUAGUUUCCUGGUUGAUGACGAAACCUACGUUGUACAUUCGGAUGAUGUUCUAGAGGAAGAAAACAAUUCUGAUUCCAAUUCCGGAGUAGUGUGUAAAAAUGUUCCACUACGGGAACAGGACAGGUUUCUGCCAAUCGCCAACAUAGCAAAGAUUAUGAAAAGGGCCAUUCCUGAGAAUGGAAAGAUAGCAAAAGAUGCCAGAGAAUGUGUCCAAGAGUGCAUAUCUGAAUUUAUUUCUUUCAUUACUAGUGAAGCAAGCGACCGGUGUCAGGUUGAGAAACGGAAAACGAUCAACGGUGAAGAUGUUCUGUUUGCUAUGAACGCUCUCGGCUUCGACAAUUAUGUGGAACCCUUGAAAUUAUACCUGAAGAAGUUUAGAGAAACUGCCUUGUCACCUGUUACACUUCACAAACUAAAUAAAACAAUUGUAGUGUAUAGUGAGGAUGAUGCAUGUUGUACUACUGCCACUUCAGCAGAGGUGGAGAGCGACGCAGCGCAAGCGGAAGCAGACUUUGUGUUCUAUGCUUAAAGGACAUAAGUUCUAUGUGUGACACAUACAAUGGACUGUUAAUGUACUAUGUGUACACAUACAACGGACUAACAAUACAUUAAGAUAAGUGAAGUGAGUUUAUCGUAUUUUGGUAUGAAAAAGUAAUGUAUUUAAUUUCACCGUCGAAAUAAUCCAGCCCCUUAAAUUAUUCUGUAGCGAUUAUUUUUGUAUGUUUUCUGGAUUUUAGAAUUGGAUCAGAUUUGCCUAAAUUUUGUCUUAGUUUAAACAGUUAUUUAUUUUGUAAAAAUUACCUAAAUAGUGGGUUUGACAAAUUGCAUAUCUUUAAUUCUGCAUUGAAAUAAAACAUGGCCAAACUUAAAAUUAAAAGUGAUAGUUUUUUUAUUUAUUUUCAGUGAUUAUGAAUAAUUAUUUAGACAUUGAAACGUAACAUUUUUUUUGUUAAGAUGAAAAUGUUAUUCUAAUGGCUAUGUUGUUAUUUUACCACAUGCCUUAUAUAGAUCAAGAAAUUUUGUAUUAAAUACUACUAAAGAAUGAA